GGCACUAAGUAUCUCUUCUCUAUAUACCUAGAAAAGCAUUCGAUGGUCAAAGCUCAGUUCGUGAAUGGGUUUCGUUGAAUCCGGAUGGCCAAUAAGAAAUUUAUCAUCAGCUAACUGAAAGAAAAAUUAUAUAGAAUAAAAACGGGACACGGAUUUUUAGUUUUGUUAAUUUUUUUACUUGGUUUUUGUUUUUGAGUUUAAAAAUUUUACCAAAAUUUUCAUUUAUUGGAUUUUAAGUUCUAUAACAUUUUUAAAAGCCUGCCUUUAACUGGGAUGUCAAUUAAAUAACUUUGUGAAUAAAAGUGUUUUAUUUGAGCUGCAAAAAUAAAAACAAACAAAUUAUACACGGUUGUGAUAAAUCAUAUAUUUUUCUGCACACAGAAAAAGAUUAAAUUUAAGACAAUUAUUUCAAAAAUAAAGUGGUGAAAAAUAAAAUAUACUAAUCGUGCUCUUGUGGAUACGAAAAGGCUGAGAGCUCAUACUCAUACGAAAUCUGCGAAACUAUUAUCACUAAUGAUUGCGUAGCUUUGGAAUACUCUUCUUAAAGAAAAGGUUUCCAUAUAAACAAGAAACAAUAUCAAAAAAAGUAUAACAAUUAUAAAAGACUGAUUGGAGUUGAAAACAAACAAAAAACAAUAACAACAAUGGCGGAAACUAAUCAAACGACAGACGUUUGGAACUACCUCUUUGUAGAACUAGCUGACCCCCGCACAAAUGAUUGGCCAAUGAUCAAAUCACCUGUACCUGGUCUAACAAUAAUCGCUGCAUACCUUUACUUCGUAUUGCAUUGGGGCCCUAAGUACAUGGCAAACCGAAAACCCUUUAAAUUAGAAAAGACUCUCAUUGUUUACAACUUUAUCCAAGUUUUAGUGAGCAUGUGGUUAGUUUUUGAGGGUUUGGAUUGUGCAUGGAUGAGACAUUACAGUUGGCGUUGCCAGCCCGUUGACACUUCAAACACACCCCAAGCUUAUAGGGAAGCGAGAGGCGUUUACGUAUACUUCUUGGCGAAAAUCUCUGAACUCCUGGACACAGUGUUCUUUGUGCUGAGAAAACGUGACCGGCAAAUGACCUUCCUGCAUUUAUACCAUCACACAGUAAUGCCAAUGAUUUCCUGGGGAACAACCAAAUACUAUCCAGGUGGACAUGGAACUUUCAUCGGCUUAAUCAACUCCUUUGUGCAUAUCAUCAUGUACGCUUACUACCUGCUAUCAGCUCUAGGUCCUAAGGUCCAAAAAUAUCUGUGGUGGAAGAAGUACAUUACAAACAUGCAAAUGAUCCAAUUCUGCAUGGCCUUCAUUCAUCAAACUCAACUGCUCUACACAGACUGUGGCUACCCAAGAUGGUCCGUAUGCUUCACCCUGCCAAAUGCCGUGUUCUUCUACUUCCUGUUUAAUGAUUUCUACCAAAAGUCCUACAAGAAGAAGAAGGCUGCCGCAGCUGCUGCCGCUAAGGUUAAGGCCGAAGAAGCCGAACGUCUACAAAAUUCCAAAGAUGAAUGUGAAAAUAACAAUAAUAUCACUGCCAAAAAUCAUAAUCAAGUUGUGGCUUCUCACGAAGCUAGUUCUGCUGAGUACAAGAAAGACCUAUAGAAUUUUAGACAAGUUAGCAAAACAAAUAAGCAAAAUUAAUUAAAAAAAUAAUAGUUUAAUCACUUUGGCUUCCGUAAAUUAAAAUUUAAACAAAAAAAAUAAUAAUAUUAACUAAGCCCCUACCAUGUAAGCCGACAGAUUCAAAUGUCGGUAAGGAAGUGUAUCGAUUGAGAACUGUUAAUAUCACUCAUGGAAACUUAGACCCAUAACCGAUUUAAUGUAAAAAGAGAUGAUGGAUCUGUUUGUUUAUUUGGCAAACAACAUAUUAGCUACAAAUUGACAGUUUUAGGAAGAAAACAAACAGAUCUUUAUCUUUCUUUGCUUCGUAUGUGCCAUGUGAAUACUACUUUAUCGAUGAAAACUACACUACACUUAAAAUUGUUCUAUUUUGACAUUUGAUAGAAACACUUGAAAACUAAAGUAAUCAGAAUCGAGCUCACAAUAGGGGAAAUGUAAAUUAAAAGUAUUUCCUUGACAUUUGUAAAUAGUUAAACAACAAAAACAAAAUAAUUAAUGUCUUCUGAUUUAUUCUUUACCAUAUGUACAAGGUGAUGCAAAAGUUGUCACCCGGAACAAUAACAGCUGUCAUCAAUGAAACAGCUUAUUGCGAAAAAGUUGUAUUAAGGAUUCAUGUGACAUGUAUGGCUUUUGACAUUUCCAAUGGCAAAAAUGAAAAUGACAGCUUUUGCAGCAUCUUGUAUAACCUAGUCGUACAACCUUAUUUAUGGUAUUUAGUCUUCCGAUAGAAGUCAUUUACAAAAAUAUACGAAUGCAAAAAAUUAAUAAUUAUACAUAGAUCUAAAAUUUUACUCAACCAAGUCUGUUUAGUAAUUACGCGCAUUAUUAUAAAACUGUUUUGUUUUUAAUUUUAAAAAAGGUUUUCUAUUUUUGUUUUAUUGUUUUUUUUGUCUUUUUAGUUCUAUCAUUAUUAUAAUUUUUUUUUGUUUUUAUCAAAAAAAGAAAUUGUCAAAGACUCAUUUAUCUCUAUAAUAUUGUUUUGUUUGUGAAGUGCGCAAGAAGUAUUUUUACGUGUUUUCAUUUUUAGUUAGUUUAUAGAAAAUAUUAAAUAGAAUAUAAGAUUUAUAGAAAUUAAGAACUGAAUUAUUAUAUAUACCGGUAUAUAUGAUAGUGUUAAAUAAAUGAUUUUUUUAUAUAUAAUUACUUAAA